CACCGCAGUGUGCCACCCCUCCGGGCCCGUCGUCAGCAAGUGCACGCCGGGCCAAGGCUCUCCUCUCGCCGCUUCGAGAAUCGCCACCGCCCGGCCGGCCGGCCGCCCGCCCGCCUGCCUCUCCCCGCUUCCACGGCGCUUCCAGCCGGCUACGCGAAACUCGAGGAGCCGGUGUGUGCGAGGAUUUUCCCUGGUUGUUUUAGGGGAGGAGCCAUUUGUGUAAUGCGCCGCGCACAACGAGGUUGCAGGCAACAAACGUGACGAGUCGACCGAAUAAGUACUCGAGCACCAUCCAAAGAAUGAAGUUGUAAUAGCGCCGUCCCCCCGCUGUCAGGGGUCGCCUCCUCUCAUUCAUCUCCAUCGCUCCCUCGGCCCGCUGUUCAGUCGCCGCUCUGUCCACCCACCAUGAAGAGGCCCAAGCAGCAGGCGGGGGGGCCUCUCAGCUUCCUCAACUUCUUCAGCCGAAAGCCCAAAUCGGAAAAGCCCGCUGAGGCCAAGACGCCUAAAGACGAGGUGGCCAUCACGCUCACCCUCAGCCGGCAACCUACGCGGGAUCAGACAACAGAAGACUCUGAAGAACGGAGACUUUCCGGAGCAGAAAUUGUCGACGGAGGCGACCGCGCGCCCAUGUUGGACGGCGCCACGGCGGAGGCGUCAACAGGCGCUAACGCCGGUGGCUCCACCGACACAUUUUCUCUAUCGGGCUCCACCCAGGACCACCUCGACGAGCACCUCGAGGAGUGCCCGCUUUGCCUGCUUAGCCAGCCUCGCCGCCGCUUCCCCGCGCUCCUCACCUGCCCUCACCGCACCUGCGCCGACUGCCUUCGUCAGUACCUCCGCAUCGAAAUCUCCGAGAGCCGCGUCGGCAUCGCCUGCCCGCAGUGCCCCGAGGCCCUGGCGCCGCUAGACGUGCGCGCCAUCCUGGACGACCCGGCUCUCCUAGAGAGGUUCGAGGAGUACCACCUACGGCGGUUCCUAGCCGCCGACCCCGACGCGCGAUGGUGCCCCGCGCCCGAUUGUAGCUACGCGGUGAUCGCGUACGGUUGCGCCGAGUGCCCCAAGCUGAGCUGCGGGCGCGCGGGCUGCGACACGCACUUCUGCUACCACUGCCGGCAGCUGUGGCACCCUAACCAGACGUGCGACCAGGCGCGGAGGCAGCGCGCGCGAAACGCGCUAGGCGCUAACGACGCCGCGGCUGCGCUCUAUGUCUUCAACGAAGAACCCGGGGCAGAUGCGGAAGAAAUCAAGCCGUGCCCUCGGUGCGGCGCGUACAUCAUGAAGACCAACGACGGCAGCUGUAACCGAAUGAACUGUACCGUGUGCGCUUGCCAGUUCUGCUGGCUCUGCAUGCAGGAGAUCACCGACGUGCACUACCUCAGUCCCUCAGGAUGUACCUUCUGGGGCAAGAAGCCAUGGUCGCAGACACGCAAAGUUCUCUGGCAGGUGGGCAUGUUGCUGGGCGCCCCCGUGGUCAUAUCGCUCAUCGCCGGCCUCGCCAUCCCAGUCAUCAUCGUGGGCAUUCCCAUCUACAUGGGCCGGAAGGUACACGGUCGUUGUAAGAAAAACAAUAUCUCAGGAAGUAAGCACUACUUAACGGUGGCGAGCGGCGUCAUGAUGUCGGUGUUUGUGUCGCCCGUUAUAGCGGCCGUCACCGUCGGUGUGGGCGUACCGCUCAUGUUGACGUACGUCUACGGGGUGGUGCCCAUGUCGCUGUGCAGGAACGGUUGGUGUCGACCGCCCGCCGACGCCCCCGACACGCUGGAGGACUUGGCUAGCUAUCUUCUCUUCUCCCACGUGGUGGCCGACCACUGGCGGGCCCAGAACAGCCCCGCGUUAGCCGACACUAGCUUACAAGAAGUUAGCGCGCAAGAAACGACCACCCCAGUCCCCAUACAGCUCCCCGGCACAAGCGCCGCGCAAGUCUACCACGCGGUCGAGGAGUCACCCGAACGACAACCGGACUGCGACGGCGCUUCUACGAGGGACGGCACCAACAUCGAAGUGCGCGUGGAAAUUGAAACGCAACGGCGAAGCGCUCGCCAGUCCAGCCUCAGCAGCCGCAGUCUGUCGGCCGAGUCGCUGGGACGACGGGCGGACGGGAACGCGUUUCCCGUCUUCGAAUCGGACGACGUGUGACUCCCCUCCCAGACGGCGGGGGGCGCCCACGGAGCGACUUCUGCUUCCCUCCCACCAGAUGCCUUUAAGUGUGAGGACAAUUUGCGCGUCAAAUGAUUUUCCCGCGUAACAUUUCCGCAUGUUGGACCGGUUGUCUCAUUUAACACCCCUUUAACAAUAAAAGCGGACCCUCGCGAGCAUGCGUAUCGGACUCGGAAGGAUUGAAAACCCCUCCCCCAAUAUACAACCUAUGUUAUAUAUAUGCUGAGUCGGCACGGGCAAGCCGCUCGAGCCUGAAAAAUGCAGGCUGGGGUGACUUUGCCUAGGUAAUGCAGGUUUUAAGAAUGCUGCCAGGUAUACGCCCUGUGGACAAAAGUAUUGGGACACAUGGAAUUAAUUAGCCUAAUCGUGACAAUCCAUUCAAAGCAUAGUAUUACAUCUAAGAUUUGUUGGAUUAAUUCCCUCACUGCUAUUGACUGCAAUAGACAUCAAAUACAUUUGUUCAGUGUUCUUGAUUGGUUGUUUUUUUAAAAUGUAACCAUUUAUCGGGCACACAUUUAAAUACAUGAUUUUUUUUUAAAAAAUUAAAUUUCGGAUGUUAUUUCUUUUAUGGUGUUAUUAUUUUUUUGCUUAUUUGUAGGGAGUUUUAAUUAAUUUGUAUUUUAUUAUUUUUUGUAAUUUAUAAAAUAAUAGAUAAAAAUACAACAUUAUUUUUUAAAUCUUAUAACAAGUGUAGUUUUUUUUAAUUUAAAAAAAUGUUUUUGUUUACUUCCCAAAAAUAAUCAUUUGAGUGCAAAAAUUAAAUAAAUACACAAUGAAAGCAACACUAGGUAACUUUUCAACUUUUAUAAAAUAUUUUCAUCAACUUUGUGAUAAUAUGUCGAUGACAAUGAAGGAAUUUUUAAUUUCUGAAGGAAGGAAUUUCAAUUUUUAUUGAAUUAUUUCCAUUUUUAUUUUAGUUUUAUUUCUGUUUUAUUUUCUCAUUAUUUAUUCCAAAAUAUUAUAUAAUAAAUAUAAUUUUUUCCCCAAUUUUUAUUUCUAUUUUCAAUUAAGUAUUUAUUUCAACAUAUAUUUAUUUAUUCCAAUUUUUUAUUUAUUUCAUGAUUGCACUCUUGUUCCAUAUGGAGGACCAGGAGUGCAAAAAUUAAAUAAAUAAAUACUUGUCCUGUAGAAAAUAAAAAUUAAAAUUAUUUAAAAAAAAAAAAA